AUGGCCCGGGCCCGCGGCCAGGCCCUGGGGAGCGGCGGUCGGCGGCGCCCGCGGCGGGGCGGCGCGGGAACCGGGGCCCGGGGGGAGUCGGCCGGGCUGCUGCUGCUGCUGCUCCAGGUGCUGCCGCCUGGGGCUGCGGCGGGGCCGGGGCGCCGGGGCACGCGGGGCGCUGGCGGCGGCGGCGUCUGCUGGCCCGCCGCUGUCCCUGCCUUUCCCCGGGACGCGCGGCUGCUGCUGCUCCUUCCUCCGCUGCCGCCGCCGAGCUCCGCGCCCGCAGCCUCCGCCUCCCGGAUGGACGCUCUGCCCCGCGGAGGGCUGAACCUGAAGGAAGAGCCGCUGCUGCCUGCCGGCCUGGGCUCGGUGCGCUCCUGGAUGCAGGGCGCGGGCAUCCUGGACGCCAGCACCGCGGCGCAGAGUGGCGUGGGCCUGGCACGAGCACAUUUUGAGAAGCAGCCUCCCUCCAACCUCAGGAAAUCCAACUUCUUCCACUUCGUGCUGGCCAUGUAUGACCGGCAGGGGCAGCCCGUGGAGGUGGAGCGCACGGCUUUCAUCAACUUCGUGGAAAAGGACCUAGAACCUGGGGCAGAAAAGACGAACAACGGGAUCCAUUACCGCCUCCGGCUGGUGUAUAACAAUGGACUUCGGACGGAGCAGGACCUCUACGUGCGCCUCAUUGACUCCAUGUCCAAGCAGGCCAUCAUCUAUGAGGGUCAGGACAAGAACCCUGAAAUGUGCCGAGUGCUGCUCACCCAUGAGAUCAUGUGCAGCCGGUGCUGUGACCGGAAGAGCUGUGGUAACCGGAAUGAGACGCCCUCAGACCCCGUCAUUAUUGACAGGUUCUUUCUCAAGUUCUUCCUCAAAUGCAACCAGAACUGCCUGAAGAACGCAGGGAAUCCCCGAGACAUGCGCCGCUUCCAGGUGGUGGUGUCCACGACCGUGAGCGUGGACGGACACGUGCUGGCCGUGUCUGACAACAUGUUUGUGCACAACAACUCUAAGCACGGCCGCAGGGCACGCCGCCUGGACCCCUCCGAAGGUCAGGACUCCCCGACCUGUCCCACUGCCGCAGGCCCAGCCAACCUCCAGGCCCCACCUUGGGGCCAGGCCCUGACCUGGCUCCUCUCCUGCCUCCCAGCUGCCACCCCCUGCAUAAAGGCCAUCAGCCCUGGGGAGGGCUGGACCACCGGCGGCGCCACCGUCAUUGUCAUUGGGGACAACUUCUUCGAUGGGUUGCAGGUCGUGUUCGGAAACGUGCUCGUGUGGAGCGAGCUCAUCACUCCCCACGCCAUUCGGGUGCAGACGCCCCCGAGGCACAUUCCCGGGGUGGUGGAGGUGACCCUGUCCUACAAGUCCAAGCAGUUUUGCAAGGGAGCCCCUGGCCGCUUUGUCUACACAGCCCUGAACGAACCCACCAUUGACUACGGAUUCCAGAGGCUACAAAAAGUCAUUCCCAGACACCCCGGAGAUCCCGAGAGACUGCCCAAGGAAGUGCUGUUGAAGCGGGCGGCGGACUUGGCGGAGGCCCUGUACGGAGUGCCGAGCAGUAACCAGGAGCUCCUGCUGAAGCGCGCCGCGGAUGUCGCCGAGGCUCUGUACAGCGCCCCCCGCGCGCCCGCGCCACUCGGGCCCCUGGCGCCCAGCCACCCGCACCCCGCCGUCGUGGGCAUCAACGCCUUCAGCAGCCCGCUGGCCGUGGCAGUCGGGGAAGCCACGCCGGGCCCGGAGCCGGGCUACGCCCGCAGCUGCAGCAGCGCGUCCCCGCGCGGGUUUGCGCCCAGCCCGGGCUCCCAGCAGAGCAGCUAUGGCAGUGGCCUCGGAGCGGGCCUCGGCGGCUACGGGACUCCGGGAGUGGCUGGCCUCGGCGUGCCCGGCUCCCCUAGCUUCCUCAAUGGCUCCACGGCCACCUCACCCUUCGCCAUCAUGCCCUCUAGCCCCCCGCUGGCCGCUGCCUCCUCCAUGUCCCUCCCGGCUGCUGCCCCCACCACCAGCAUCUUCUCCUUCUCGCCUGUCAACAUGAUCUCCGCUGUCAAACAGAGGAGCGCCUUUGCCCCUGUGCUGCGCCCACCCAGCUCCCCACCCCAGGCCUGCCCCAGAGCCCACGGAGAGGGGCUUCCAGACCAGCCUUAUGAGGAUUCUGAGAAGUUCCACUCUCCAGCCCGGGGGCUUCAGGGCCUGGCAUACUCCUAAUUACGGUCUACGGGUCUGGCCCCUGCUGGCCCAGACUGGAGGUCUCUCCAGAAUUCACACGCACACCCUGGAUGGCAACACAGACAGAUGCAGGGCCAGGGUUUCGGACAGACCUCAACCCAUCGACCUGAGUGGGGAGAGGACUUCCUUCUCAUGGAGGCCCUCCAGCCCCACAGGCUCCUCUCACCUCCCUUCCUUGGGGCUGGUUGGAAGCCCCAGCACUGUGCCGAUGCUCUUGGCAGGGGAGCAUCUCAGGGAGGUGCUGGAAUGCAGAAUUUCACUCUCUGGGUCAGUUCCUCUAAAAGAGAUGGACUUUGUGCAGACCUGGAACAUCGGUUGACAGGAGCACGGGAAGGGGACCGUGGGAGAGGACAGCUCAGGGAGAGGUAGCCUGGGAAGGUUCCAUUUGUAUCUGGCCCAUCUCACUGGCCCAGCGUUCCGACUUCUCUCCAGGGCAAGGGAGAUGCCCAGCAGCCUCAGGAGGCCCGCCCAGGCUCCCAUGGAGCUUCCAGCGGCCUCUUGACCCCACAGCUGCCUCGCUCCCACUGCAGCCUGCACACUCAUGCUUGCCACAUCAUGAAUCCCAGUGGGGGCUUCGGGCAUGGCAGUGCAGAAGAGGGGGUACCAGGCCCCCUGAGUAGUGGGUUUUCCUCCCAAUAGAUGUCUUACGGACUCUGGCUGGUCCCACAGAAUCAUGGAAUGGGCCCAGCUGCCCCUGGCCUCACACUCUGCUCUGCUAGGGUUGGAGAACACAGAAUAAUAAACACAGAUGCAGGUGGCCACCCGGCCUCUCCUGCCUGCUUCCUUGG